AUGUUGGCCAAGGCAGUGCUUUCCCUUGGUCUGUGGCUGUGGUUUGCUGUGGGACAGGACACACCUGAGCCAGGUCCCCAGCUCCCUAUUUCCAAUACAGAGGGAGACCUCCUCUUCCUGCUGGACAGCUCUGCCAGCGUCUCCCACUAUGAGUUUUCCAGGGUCAAGGAAUUCAUGUGGGACCUUUUGCAACCUUUCACCUUUGGCCCCAAAGAUGUCCAGACCAGCAUCAUCCACAUCAGCACUACACCCACCAUGGAGUUCCCCUUUAACCAGCACCUUUCUGGUGGGAGCCUGAAACAAGCAAUCCGGAACACGCAGCAGCUCAUGGGUGACACCAACACUGGCAAAGCUCUCUCCUUUGCCAAGGAGAAGCUCUUCAGCAGGGAGGCUGGUGCCAGGCCAGAUGUGCCCAAGGUGCUGGUUUGGGUGACAGAUGGUUUCUCCACUGAUGACAUCUCUGAACCCAUGCAGCUCCUGAAGGACAUGGGAGUUACAGUCUUCAUCGUCAGCACCGGGCGGUGGAACCUGAUGGAGCUCUCUGCAGCUGCCAGUCAACCUCCAGACAAGCACCUGCACUUUGUGGAUGUGGAUGACCUUCCCAUCAUCACCAAGGAGCUGAGAGAUGGCAUCCUAGGUGUUAUCCAAGCCAAUCGGCUCCAUGCAGUAGAUAUCACCUCAAGCAGCUUCCAACUGAUGUGGCCGAAACUCCUGUCCCAAGAAACUGGCUACUACACCCUGGAAUAUGUCCCAACAGAUGAUCCAGCAAGGAAGAGGACAAACCAGGUGUCUGGGGCUCACACUAGCCUUGUGCUAAGCAACCUUGCACCAGAAACCACUUACGAGGUGGUGCUCAUUCCUGAAUCCAAUGUCCACUACUUCCCUCCCCAGACAACAAGGGUGACGACACUGCCAGAGGAAAUCAGCCCAGCUCAGGUUCUCAUCUCAGAGUCUGGGCCACGCAGCUUCCAUGUGAGUUGGGCUCCCAUGCUGGACAGUGUGAUGGGCUAUCAGAUCCUGUAUGGACCACUGCCAGGGAACUCAGUGAAGGUGCUGGAGGUGGAUGGGAGGCACAAUAGCACUGUGGUGGAGAAUUUGUCCCCCAACAGCACCUACUUGGUGACAGUGACUGCAAUCUACAGGUCGGGGAAGGAGAAAUCCCUGUCAGCUUUAGCAUGCACACUGGAAGAGAGCUCCAAAGUGAAGCACCUUCGCUUUGAAGACAUGGGCCCCAACAGCCUGAGAGCCUCGUGGGACUCAGCGGACGGGGACGUGGUGGGGUACAGAGUGCGGUGCCGGCGUCAGACCGGGCCCUCCUCCCUCCUCAGUGUGUCCCCUCAGGUGCACAGUGUGCUGCUCACUGACCUGCCCUCGGGCACCACCAACCAAGUGUGUGUCAAGCCUGUGUACAGGAGCCAGCCAGGCCAAAGCCUGUGCCGCACGGUGCACAUGCAGCCGGCUACAGAGGCCCAAGGAUACAGGCACAGACGGAGAGCGUGA